CCAGGGUGCCGGGCUCAGCCUGCGGCCUGAGACCCGGGCCGCCCCUCGGGAGCUGGGAGGGGUCUGGAAUGAGAAGCAGAGCCGAGGGGGCCACCCUCGCUUUUGGCCCACCGCGGAGGUUGCGGCCCCUCAUAACUUAACAGGCUUCUCGGCCCAAGCCUGCCCUCGGCAUAGCUACAUCGGGCCUAAUAUGGCCGCUUGUGCCGGGACCUCCCCCGUGCGCAGAGAACCGGGCCGAGGUCCGGAGCCAGGGACUGCUUCCGGCAUUCCUCGCGGGCGUGGCGUGGGCUUCCUUCCCCUUACUCCUGGUCCCGCGAGAGGGAGACUCUAGGCCUUUCAGGUAGCAUGGCCCAGGGCCUGAUUGAAGUGGAGCGAAAGUUCGUUCCGAGGCCCGGCACAGAGGAGCGGCUGCAGGAGUUGGGGGGUACCCUGGAACAUCGAGUCACUUUCCGAGACAGCUACUAUGACACCCCUGAGCUGAGCCUCAUGCGAGCUGAUUACUGGCUGCGACAGCGAGAAGGCAGUGGAUGGGAGCUCAAAUGUCCCGGAGCGGCAAGUGUCUCAGGACCCCAUACUGAGUACACGGAACUCACAGCUGAGCCUUCAAUUGUGGUCCAGCUCUGUGAGGUGCUGGGGGCUGGGGUCCCGGGGGCUGGGGGCGUGGCUGCUGUGCUGGGCCCCCUGGGGCUGCAGUUAGUAGCUAGUUUUGUGACGAAGCGCAGUGCCUGGAAACUGGUGCUGUCCGGAGCCGACGGAGAGCAGCGGCUGCUCAGGGUGGACCUGGAUACAGCUGACUUUGGCUACGCUGUGGGUGAGGUAGAGGCACUGGUGCAGAAGGAGACUGAAGUCCCAGCUGCCCUGGAGAAGAUCCACCACCUCAGCAGCCUGCUUGGUGUGCUGGCCCAGGAGAGGGCACCUGCCAAGCUGAUUGUGUACCUGCAGCGCUUCCGGCCCCAGGACUAUCAGCGCCUGCUAGAAGUGUACGGGUCCAAAGUGAAGCCUUAGGGGACUGGAGAUCCGGACACGACAUGGGGCUAGGGUGUCACUUCGCCGAUGCAGAAGAGAGCUCUGGGGCUGAGGAGCUUCACUCCUGGGCUCACCGUGCCUCUUCCCUUCUGGCUCCCCUUCCCACAGAGACUCCUCUCGCUCCAGCUCUGUCUGUUCCUUCACCCUACCCUCCGCUAUCCUUCCUGGAGCCUUCCCUGGCUGCCUCCUCUCCCUCAUCCGUCAGAUGCAAUCUGUGGGCCGCCCCUCUCCCCUGGCCGCUAAGCAGCCUCCAUUGAUUUCCGCUCGUGUUUAUAGGAUUUCCACUUAGCCGUGAUCAGUAGUUAAGCACAGGAAAAUCCCUUGCCACCCCCCUCCCUUGGUCGAUGCCAUUGAUUCUGCCAGCGGCUCCUAAACUGCCUUACAGCUGAGUUAGAGAGGAGGGGAGGCAGCAGGGAUUUCCCUGCCCCGGGCUACAGGGAACAGCAGCAGCUUGGGGAAGCCGGUGAGGAUUCCUGUGAGAGAUCUAGAACUUCUGGUUUGUGCCCUGCUCUGACCUAGAGGGUAAGGUGCCUCCUAUGGAGGUUCAGGGGCUCAUCUGCUCCCCAGCCAGAAAGGGGGUGGAAGGAAAACAACCUUCCUUUGUUGAAAUCAGUUCCAAAGGCUUAGGGCAAGAUACCUACUUCCUGUGUAAGAAGGCUCUUCCCUGGCUGUUAUUCACAUACACUUUCUACCU